AGACUUUGACACGCAGAUUUGUCAAGUUAAAAAAAGGAUUUGAAUGUUUACAUUUACUAGUUUCUCCUAUAUACAUAUAUAAAAUAAAAAACAGUGUAUUAACAUUACAAUUAUUAUAAAAGUAUUACAAAGCAGUAUCUUAUUUUAAUAAGAUGUCACUUCCCCUUUUAUUAAAAACAAAAAAACCUUUAUUAACCUGUAUUAAUAAAUGCAAUGCAACAGUAUUUAAGCAAGCCAUAUCAGCGAGAAAGAUGAGUCUUUUACAUGAUGGAUUACCCCUUACUCUCUUCCAGUUAUCUAAAGCUGACAAGAAUGGGAUUUUACCUGGAACAAGAGGAGAAUCUACUGCAGCCUCAUCAAAUGACAUUAAGGUUACAUUAAAAGAUUUAAAACUACAGUUGGCCACAGAGAUGGGUGUAAAUCACCCAUACAAACCAUUUUCCCACGAUAGGGCUCACCUAGCAAAGUAUUUACCCAAAUCUCCCGAUGCACUUCCAAAAAGAUCAAUGCAAGAUAGUUAUAUUGCUGCUAUUAUACCUUUGUCUACCAAUUUAUCUUUGCAAGAAAAAUAUACCACUUUUCUGGGCUCUGUGAGGUUAGGAAGGUUGAUGGAAGACAUGGAUAUUUUUUCUGUAAUUGUGGCAAGAAAACAUAUAGUGCUGCCUGAUGUUCCAGCCGGAAUAUUUCCUCAAACCUUGGUGACUGUACUAGUGGAUAGAGUGGAAUUUACUGAAUACGCACCCAAACCCAACAAGGACAUAAAAAUAUCCGGCCACGUGAGUUGGGUAAGCAGAUCCACCCUGGAAGUGGUCGUUUGGCUGGAGCAAUUCGACGACGGCAAAUGGCAACGAAUGACCAAAGCGCUCUUCUUAAUGGCCGCGAGAGACAGCUCUAACAACACAGCCUCAAUCGUAAACCCCAUCGAGCCAGCCAACGAGAGAGAGAAGAUCAUUUUAGUAGGCGGCGAAGAGAGAAAGAAACGUCGAUUGGCCAUCGGUUCCGCCCACUUAUCCAAGAAAGCCCCCACGGAGGAGGAACAACAACUUCUACACAACCUUUACGUGUCAACGGUGGAUCCUUCCGAUAUCAGUAUGGCCAACAGAAUAUUGCCCCCGAACAGCGUUUGGAUGUCCGACACGAAGGUGUCUAACGUGAUCUUAGGUCAGCCGGAAGACAGAAACUUCCAUAACACCGUUUUCGGUGGGUUCAUCAUGCGCCAGGCGACGGAACUGAGUUGGAUCGCCGGUUACAUGUUUUCGAAAGUGCGUCCGCGUACCAGAGUUAUCAGCGAUAUCCAGUUUAAAAAUCCGAUUGCCGUGAAUUCCCUCAUACAAAUGCACGCCACAGUCGUGUACACGUACAGGAAUUUCAUCCAAACAGUCGUGUUCGCUCAAGUGUACAAUCCACUCUCGGGAUUGACGUCCACCACGAACGCUUUUCAUUUCACGUUGGAGGCUCAGGAUUUCGUACCUUCCGUGGUACCCCAAAGUUACUACGAAACGAUGCUGUAUGUUGACGGUAAGAGACAUUUCGGAAAGGGUUUGAAAGAAACACAGGAGGGUUCCGUUUUCAGAAGUAAAAUGUGAUAAGGUUUAGUCGAAUAAGACGCCAAUGCAGUGAAUACGUAUAUUAGAUUUUUUUGUUGGUUAUUUACAUAAUUAUUAAGUCUAUAGGUUUCAUUGUUUCUCUUUAAAGUAUUUCAAUGUUUUUUUUUAUUUUAGUCUUUAAAAUUAAGUUCCAAGUAAAAUAUUUUUUUUCUGCCUUAGGAUUUAUUAAGUCAAACCCAUAUUUUAUUUAUUUAAUGUGCAUACUCAACGUAUUAUUGAAUCAAAGUCCGUCUAUUAUUUAUUUAUUGAUACUUACCUAUAUUUUGUUAUUUACUUUUUCUUACUUUGUUGUUGUGAUUUACUAAAACUCCAUGUACUUAUGUGAUUAAUAAAUUUAUUUACAAUAAAAAAA